UUGAAAUCUCCGAGCCGCCGCGCGUGCCUCACCUUGCCCACCACCCUUCCUACCUCGUCUCCGUCUCCCUCGCUCUUCACCCCCUUCCGUGCCCGCAAGUUAUAAACCAUCUCAAAACCUUGCCCCGCGCCGACACUAGUGCCCGACAUGACGACCGAAGCCGCCGCCCGGGUGUUCUUCUCCUCAAAGUUCUUCGCCGUCGUGGGCGCGAGCUCGAACCCCGCCAAGUUCGGCCAUAAGAUCUUCGCCUGGUACCUCGACCGCGACAUCCCCGCCAUCCCCGUCAACCCGACCGCCGGCACCGUCAACGCCCUCGGCAAGGACCACCCGGCCAUCCCUAACCUCUCCGCCCUCCCCAACCCCAAGGAGACGGCCGUCUCCGUCAUCACCCCGCCGCCCGCGACCCUCCAGGUGCUGCGCGAGGCCAAGAGCCUCGGCGUACCCGCCGUCUGGCUGCAGCCCGGCACCUUUGACGACGAGGUCAUAGCCUUUGCCCGCGCCGACGGCGCCUUCGAGGCUGUCGUCGCCGGCUUCGGCGGCGGCACCCGCGGCGGCGAGGGCUGGUGCGUCCUCGUCGACGGCGACAAGGCCCUCAAGGCCGCUGGCAAGCUGUGAUGCUCUCACCCUCUCUCUUUCUCUCUCUUUCUCUCUCUUUCUCUCUCUCUCUCUCUCUCUGUCUCUCUGUCUC